AUGGGCUGCUCUUCUGUGUGGAUCCUUCUACUAUCCCUUUCUCUGUCCCACCAGAGCGUCACAGCACAAGCUGAAGCAUGCAAGACGGUGGUGCAGGCAGACAUAGUGUUUCUGGUGGAUGAGUCAUGGAGUGUGGGCCAGACCAACUUCUCCAGGGUCAAAGACUUCAUCUCGACCAUCAUCUCCUCCUUUCAGGGCAUGGUGUUUGGAACAGAGGGGGUCCGAUUUGGAGUCACUGUCUUUGGGGAUGUCCCAAGGAUGCGGAUUGCUUUGACAGACUACAGCUCACAGGAAGAAGUGCUCCGAGCCGUCAGAGACCUCCCCUAUGUGGGUGGAUCGAGGAGGAUGGGGGACGCCCUCCAGUUUCUGGUUGACGCCGUGUUCAGCCCUGCUAUCAGCCGUGACCAUGCCCCGAAGAUUGUUGUAAUGAUCACAAACGGACGUUCAGACGACCUGGUCGAUGCUGCAGCCAAAGCUGUGGCUGACAAUGGGAUUUCUCUCUUUGCAGUAGGUGUUCGGGGGGCUGAUGAGGCAGAGCUAAGGAGGAUCGUGUCAGAGCCACAUGAGGAGCACCUGUUACGUCGCGCUGACUACUCUCUCCUUGAAACCAUCCUUCCCAAACUGUCCCGCAGGGUGUGCUUUACUGCCUCUGAACCACCACUUCCUGUGAAAACUUCCCAGCCUGUUGAGAAGCGUGUGGUGGGUCCCAGAGACCUGCAGGUUAGCGAGUUGGCCCACAGUUCCCUCAGACUGACAUGGGGCCAAGCCACAGGUGAUGUCACUGGAUAUCGUCUCCUCAUCUACCCUCUCAGCUCCAGUGGAAACCUCCCCCUACAACAGAGACAGGUUGAUGUGAAGGCAGAUGUGAACACCGCAGUGGUUAGUGAGCUGAGUCCUAAAACAGACUAUUCCCUCACUCUCUACGCUGUCUACCCCAGCCUUAUAGGAGAUUCAGCAACAAUCACCGUCCAGACAACCCCUUUGCCUCAGGUGUCAAACUUCCGAGUUAUCGAGGAGGGCCUGUACUCUAUGCGCCUGGGAUGGACGCCUUCUCUAGGGAAGCUCAACGGAUUUAAGAUAUUCAUCCCAAGAUCCAACCGACCAGGAUUUGCAUAUGAGAACCUGCUUCCUGGAGACAAAUCUUCUCAUGUGAUUGACAGCCUGGAGGAGGAUAAGAAGUACACCAUCAGUAUUUAUGCUAUUUACCCCCAGGGACCAAGUGAAACUGUUUCAAUAGUAGGCAAGACAUUAAAACUGGUACGAGUUCAGAAGUUCCUGGUUCAAAACGCCACCACAGACACCGUCCAGGCACGAUGGGCAUCCGUUAAGGGUGCCACAGGAUACCGUCUGACAUGGGAAUCCCCAGAUGGCCACAUAGAGAACAUAAACCUCGGGGACAACUUUAACUUCUACAUGAUCCAGGGCCUGCACUCAGCCUCUGAGUACACCAUCACCAUCAACCCCAUAUUUGGAGACGUUGAGGGGCCCAUCACCAGCACCAAACUCAAGACAUUGGAAAGCAGCGCAGUACAAACUUUGAAGGUGUCUGCUGUGAGCACCAGUACUGCUGUCAUCUCAUGGAACAGUGUCCCAGGGGCCACAGGGUACAGACUGGCCUGGGGACCCACUCCAGAGUUUGUUGGUCGGGAUCGUCCCAGGCAGUUGGCUCUGAACGGCAGCGCCACAGAGUACCAGAUGAGGAAUGUAGCCCAUGAUACUGAGUAUGUGCUGUCUCUCUAUGUGCUGUUUGGAUCUGCGGUGGGGCCUGGUAUCAGUGCUACCUUCAGAACCUCUCCAUUGGGCUAUGUUUCCAACUUCAAGGUGUCUUCCUACACCAGUACCUCCAUAGAUAUGGACUGGAGUCCCAUAGUUGGAGCCACUGAAUACAAACUCUCUUGGAACACAGGUGAUGGCAGCCCUCAGUCACAUUACCUGGACCGCACUGUCCUCACCCAUCGUAUCGAAGACCUAAACCCACAGUCCAUCUACACCAUCACGAUCUGUGCCGUGUACGGCAACUCAGAGGGACCAGAAAUCUCCUUAUCUCAGCUCACAGCUGCUGUCUCAGACUCACAGCAAAUCCAGGCAGUGAGGGAGGUGAAGGUUGUGGACAUUGGAGUCAACUCCUUUACUCUGUCCUGGAGAAAAACACAGGGGGCAUCUGGGUACAAAAUCUCCUGGACCCCCUUCAUGGGGGGUGAUGAGAAGUCCCAUGUGGUAUCUGCUUCUUCCACCACUUUCAACAUCGACAAUCUCCGGGCGAGCGCAGCUUACAAGAUCCAGGUAUCCUCCAUGGUGGGCCGCAGGGAGGGCAGCCCAGUCCUGCUCACUGCACGCACCUUGGAUCUUCCAAAAGUGAAUGGCUUUGUUGCUCUGAACACUACAGACAGCAGCACUGUACUAAACUGGACACGUGUGGCUGGGGUCUCUGGAUACCUUCUCUCCUGGAGACACAUCUCAGUGUUGGAGACUAAAACAGAGACCCUGGGCCCUGGUUUCAACUCCUAUAACAUCAAUGACUUGUUGUAUGGAAGAACCUAUAUUUUUACCAUCAGACCUUUGUAUGGAGAAGUGGAGGGCCCUAUAAGCACUGUGUAUCAGAAAAUAUUGGGAGAGGAUCCUCCGGCUGUAAUAGUCCAGGCUCUGCCAGCCACAGCCCCCCCCCGCAUCACGACUGCCUCCAUCAGCGACACUACAGUUGCUCGCACUGCCAGCAGGACCACCCGGCACCCCAUCGCUGUACCACCGACUAAACCCAUUACCCCCAAGAAACCUCCAGGUCAGCCAAGAGUCACUGAGGCCAAAUCAGAAGUCCCCCUCCAUCAUUUAACCACACUCCAUGCAGAGACAACAGGUCCACCAAGACCAACCUGUGGUAAAGCCAAAGCAGACAUAGUAUUCUUGGUGGAUGAGUCCUCCAGCAUCGGCGCUAACAACUUUAUCAAGAUGAAAGACUUCAUUUUCCGGGUGGCUACCUACUUCCCUAUCAUGGGCCCUCAGGGCACACAGAUAGCCGUGGUUCAUUACAGUGAUGAGCCUCGAAUAGAAUUCCGCCUAAAUGACUUCAAAGACAGGAACUCUGUGCUCAGGGCGCUCAGAGGGCUGCGGUAUGGAGGGGGCAACACUAAAACAGGAAAAGGCAUCAGUUACGUCCUGCAGGAACUGUUUCAGGAGUCCUUGGGGAUGAGACAGGAUGUGGCCCAUGUUCUGGUUCUGAUUACGGAUGGCAGGGCUCAGGAUAAUGUGGUGCCACCCUCUAGAAUUGCACGGGCUCUAGGUGUCAGUGUCCUGGCCGUUGGAGUUUCUAAUGCAGACAUGGAGGAGCUGAAUAAGAUAGCAGCUCCCACUAGCUACAAAAAUAUCUUCUACUCACCGACCUUUGACGACUUCCCCUCCAUAGAGAGAGAAUUCAUCAAUAUGAUGUGUAGUGAGGAACUUCUCUCCGAGUUCAAACUGAAUGAUGAGGCUGCUCAGUUGGACACCCCGACUGAAGACCCAGAGGAGCUGCUUAAGCCUCAGGGUCCCUGUUCCUCCCAGUGUAUGAAGGGCCAGAAAGGUGAACGGGGAGAUGGUUCUGGUCUCGGAGGUCUGAGAUUUAGGCAAAGCCCGGGACAGUUUGAUCCUUUCACUUCUACCAAAGGAGAGAUGGGAGAGAGGGGGCUUUCAGGAACAGAUGGUAUACCUGGGUUCCCAGGACGACCAGGGAGAACUGGACCACCCGGUUCUGCCGGCCAACGGGGAGCUCAAGGGAUAUCAGGUGAUAUGGGUCUACCUGGAACCACUGGUCCAAAGGGACAGAGAGGAGAGAGAGGAGAGCCCGGUUAUGUCAUCGCAGGCGCAGACUCAAAUUACGUUCCUGGAAGGAAAGGAGAGCCAGGAUCUUCGGGUCCCCAGGGGUCUUCUGGUAUACCAGGGAUCAAUGGAUCUCCAGGCCGUCCUGGCCAGCCCGGACCAACGGGGUCACCAGGAAUAACUAUCAAGGGAGAUUCUGGUGAGCCGGGAGAGAAAGGUUUACGUGGGAAACAGGGAGUGAAAGGAGACAAAGGAGAGUUGGGAAGAGAUGGUAUUGCAGGUUUGCCAGGUCCCAUUGGCAUUGAUGGGGUGCCAGGAUUUUCAGGUCAGAAAGGAGAGAAGGGUGUGGAAGGAAUUGGCAUACAAGGUAUUCAGGGUCCUCUGGGAGAGAAGGGAGAGAAGGGAAAUAUUGGCUUUACUGGAUCAGUUGGCCCAAAGGGUGAUCUUGGCGAGCAGGGCAUCCAAGGAAUCAUCGGACCUCGGGGAAAGAAGGGGUUCAAAGGGGAGCAAGGUGACAAGGGAGAACGAGGGGAGAUAGGACCAAUAGGACCAAAAGGAACCUCAGGACUGACAGGGCCUUUGGGGUUAAAAGGAGAUGAGGGUCCUAGAGGAGUCCCUGGAGAUCCUGCCAAGGGUAUAAUUGGCCCAACUGGAAAAAAGGGUGCCAGGGGAGACAUUGGUCCAGUCGGCCCUACAGGCCCCCAGGGAAUAAAGGGUGACCAAGGCACCAAAGGGGAUAAGGGCAGUCCUGGUUUUGGGAUUCCAGGACAGCGGGGACCCAAGGGAGAAAAUGGAGAGAGGGGAAAUGUUGGUUUGUCUGGAAAACCAGGACAAAAAGGGCAUGAUGGCUUUAAAGGUGACAAAGGGACUAUCGGGUUAUCCGGCAAACCUGGAGUACCAGGAUUAAGAGGUAAAGAUGGUACACCUGGAAAUAAAGGAGACGAAGGCUCUAAGGGUGAACUAGGACCACAUGGAGAGCCUGGUGACAGAGGAAUUAGGGGUCCACUUGGAUUACCAGGACGACCAGGUGACCCCGGUGAAAAAGGAAAUUCUGGAACUCCUGGCCUGUUUGGUGCUGAUGGAAAAAAAGGGGAUAAAGGAGAUCAGGGAAAACCUGGACCUCCGGGAGCACAAAUUGUUGGAGACAACAACGUAAUGACCAGAGUGAUUAAGGGUGAACCAGGAAAUCCUGGUCAGCCUGGGUUGAGAGGUGAAACAGGUCUGCCUGGACCAAGCGGUCCAGAGGGGAAACCUGGAUUACCAGGACCAUCAGUGGGUGGUUCUGGAAGAGGUGGACUUGAUGGUUUUCCAGGAAAACCAGGAGAUAAGGGUGACAAGGGAUCAAAAGGGGAGCCUAGUCUGAAAGGUGACCAGGGACGGAUUGGGAUUGCUGGAAUACCUGGUUUACCAGGAACUCCAGGCAGACCUGGCAUUGAUGGGAAGAGGGGCCUGCCAGGAAAAGAUGGAGAAAGAGCAGAAAAGGGAGAUGACGGCAAAAAGGGGGACAAGGGAGACGGCGGGGGCAAUGGUAAAGAUGGUAGUAAGGGGGAACCAGGGCCUCCAGGUUUGCCGGGUAGGCAGGUGCUUGUCACAUCGGAGGGUGCCACCAAUGAUGAAAUCCGAGAAGCAUUUCCGAUCCCAAUGGGUCCUCCAGGAGCUACUGGUUCACCGGGAAUGAAGGGUGAUAAAGGAGAAACAGGGCUGAAAGGAGAGAAGGGCGUUGCGGGAGCUCGUGGACAAUCAAUAGAGAUGAAGGAAAUUGAAGUGAUGUUUGAAGACUAUGGCAUAAGGCUGCCUUUGUUGAAGGCUUUAAUUGACAGGCUGUUGCAGGAUGGAAUAGAGGAGCUGCUUCGUGUGCUUGGCACCUCCCAGAAAACAAAUGAAAACACAAAAACUCACACCUCCAACAUCAUCACUGAGUACACAAGUUCAGUGAAGUUCGACCUCACCAGUCAGGCACUGAAAAAGGACACCAUCGUAGACCCCAAGUUAGACGGACAUCUUGCAGAAUCUUUGAUAGUUGACCCUUUAAUAGAAGCCGCAGAGGGUCCGACUUUAUGGAGCGCCACCACACUGAACGGAGAUCAGGAUAUGGACAGGACUGAGUCCAUAUUAAAGAGAAGAUGGAAUAAGAUAGUAGAUGGGGAUAGUGAGAACGCAUCUUCACACAAAAUGAAUCUGACUGUUAACAACUCAACUUUCAAUUAUACUACGACCCAGGAGGAGGUUUCAGAGUUACCGGAUACUGUGGCAGGGACUGUUCUCCUCACUCAGGAGGACUCCCGGAACAAGAACUCAGGACAAAAGAAGAAGAACAGGGAACGUGGGAAGGGCAAAGGAAAUAAAGGAAGACAUAAGAGGCAGAGACAACGCCUGACAACUGAUGAGGACAUGCAAGAAGAGGAAGAGGAGUUUUAUUAUGGCGAAGAAUACAGCUAUGAAUACGAGGAAGAACUUCCUACAGAUGUCCUCUUGGCCUCUCAGGAGAGGAAAAACAACACACAGGAGGAUCUAAUAACCACACACAGUCCUGCCCAUUCAGAAACACUGGUGGAAUCCUUCAGUCAUCCUCUAACGUCCUCCACAGACAGAGACAUAGAUGCACAGGUUAUCUUGACAACCUCAGAACCACUAUCACAACCUGGAGAUAUAGAAAUGGAGGAAACGUCACUCCCUACGCCUCCCAUCACGACAGAAGAACAACACAAGGUGCUUAGGUCCCAAAUCAGGGUGAAGAAAAGCGCUCCCUGGCCCGACUCCAUGGUGUUUAUGCCAGGUGCCCCAGGUGGAAGAACUCGUUUCUUGGAGGCACACAAACAUCUGUCCUCUGGAGCUCAAGGUUACAACAGCUGGAAUAAGAAGCAAGAAGACUCUGACCUUCAAACACUUAGCAGGAAGCAGAGGCAAGAACGAAGGGAGAGGCAGCGAUACAGCGAUACAGAAACCCAAGGGGGAGGAAAGGAAGAAACUGAAGCUGAAGAAGUGGAGGAGUGGGAAACAGAACAACACAAAGUGAUAGAGACAGAUCGAUUUACAGAACCAGACCCUGAUCCCGUCUAUGAGGAGGAGGAGGAGAGGAGUGGAGACUACGACUGGGAGACUGAGGAGGACGAGGGGGAGGAAGACUUGAAGAGGGCGAGGGAGGAGUGGGAGAGGAGGAGGGCGGAGAUGGAGAGGGGGAGAGUGGGGGGUUAUGAUGAAGAAACUGAACAGCCGUACCCAUACCCCCCAGAGUAUUUCCACCUGAAGGGGCAGAACGGAUCACCAGGACGGAAGGGGGAAAUUGGUGAAGGAGGACAAAAGGGCGAGCCAGGUAUCGGCCACAGGGGUCCAGAAGGCCAGGCUGGUCCUCCGGGACUUAAGGGUGAACCAGGUGAGCCGGGGCCUCCGGGUGCCCAGGGCAUCCAGGGUAUCCACGGUCACACAGGCAUGCAGGGCUCCCAGGGGCUUAGGGCUGCUCAAGGGGACCCAGGAGACCCAGGCAGAGAGGGGGAACGGGGAAAAAGGGGAAAGAAUGGAUCGCCUGGAUCUCCUGGAACCCGAGGAGCAGCAGGUGCUCAAGGUUCUCCUGGGACUCCUGGAGUAAAAGGAGAAAAGGCCAGCAGUGCUCCUGGAGAGCCCGGGGCCCGGGGGCUGGCAGGCUUCUCAGGCAGGAAGGUGAGUUUAGUUCAGCUUCAUCACAGGAGACCCUUGUGAGGAGAAAC